AUGGCACGCGCCUCUUUGGACUGUCAAUUGGAGACGCACGAUGCAGCGCUCCUCCUCCAUACCCGGACGGCGGGAGCCCGCUGGACACACCCGUGUUACAUGACGCUCCAACAGGCGGUGAUAUUCAGCCACCUCAGCACGGAGCGCAUGCUCCACUUUCAGGUGCACGACGGGUCGCUUAUUGUGCAGGUAAUUGGGAAUCAACGAGGUCCUCGAGUCCAACAUGAUACAUCGGGGUGGCACCGACUGGUGCAAGGAGAGCCUAUCCUCAAUGCCUUCUGCCAGCAGGUGGAAAUUCCGGGGAUAUACGUUAAGGGAUUUGAGUUGGUUGCGCGCCAUCUGGACAGUGCUGUCAUUGUCCUGGCGAGCUCGGUAGCGGCAGGCGAGGACUGGGUGACUGUGAUUUCGGGCUUGCUCACGGCGCAAAAAGGCCCUCAGCGAGUGCGCAGACCAGGGCUUGCCAAUCAUGACCGGGAAUACUGUUCGGUGUUCGGCUUUCAGCCGCUUACCAACAGCCCGCACCUCUCUCUGUUGUUGGAACCUGUGGAUGGGAUAGCGGGUGGAUCCACACUCCCGCUUGCCUUGGGGAAGCUUGCGAGAGCUAUCUUGCCCAUGACCAUGGAGCCAGGAAUUCUCCUGAGCGACGCGGUGUGGCUUAUUACGGACACGGCUGAAGUGCCGUCGUCGUACCCGCAUGCCCGGCACACCUUGCCGCACAUCCUCAAUCGCACCCCAUGGAGGCACGGAGAGAAGCACGCAGUCCUCUUUGCGCCAAUCACCCCUGAUACCUCACUCACGGAGUGCGAGCUGGUGUCGGUUGCGGCAACUCUACAGACAGCGCCGGCGCAAGGAUGUGCGGAUGCUUUUCCGUCUUUGCGGCUCAGCCAGGCCGGACCUCUCAGGAACUUGGCCACAUCCCGAGAGUAUGGCGUGCGACGAAUGCGCUUCGGACGUACCUGCACCACUGCAAGCAUGGGAGAUCAUGGAUAUCGCAGAUACGAAAAUCGACUGCGCCUAGACGCCGCCUUCUUGGACGACUGGGCAGCUGAAGUUGUGCCACUUUUACUGGCCCAGCUCGCCUUGCUCCCGCCAGACACUCUGGCGAUGUUGCCGCCGCCUGUGCCUAUCUACGCUUUCCGCUACAGGCCUUCAGCCUUUGUGGGGGCAGGCGGAAAGGAGCACCACCUGCGUGACCUGGACGACCUCCAGGCCUUGCCUACGCUAGGACAGCCGCCGUUGGGCCUGGUCGGUGUGCAGCCUCACGGUGCCGGGAUGUGGCUGGCUGCGAGUGAUGCCACUCUGCUCGAUGCGCACUUCGGCUUGGUGGGAGGCUUUCGGCUGGCGGCAACGGAGGACUGCAGAGGGGAACGCAAUACCUCUUUGCCCGUUGAGAACCGCCCAGUACGCGUCAAGUGCACAGGAGCGUCGGCCUACAAUAUUCCUGCUCGCACUGACGAGUGGCAACUGGUCUGCUCACUCCAAUGUUACGGGCCCACUGGUUGUCAGGCAGAGGACACCACUGUUAGCGAAAAGGGCCAGCUCCUGGUUACGGAACCUGACCGGCUGGCCUUCGCAGGUCAGCAUACCAGCCUGCUAUUGGCACCCUACUGCAUUGUUCAAACAGCGUACUCCAUGCUCGACGCACCCCCGGAACUUGCAGCUUUGCGUCGCCCCUUUGACCCUCUGAUUGUGGAAGGCUUCUCGGCUGGCAGCUACACUGGUGCGGUUCUGGCUACACUCGCUCAUCGGGUCUGGGGGCGCAUCCCGCCUCAGCCAGGGCCCAGCAAUUCUGCUGCGAGCCGGGAACGGCAGUUCCAGCACACUGUCAGGCUGGGAGCAUUGGGCAUGCCUGAUUUCAUAUUUGAACAACUCUUGGGACUACCGGUCCGAUUGUGGCUGCUGCAUGCGGCUGAUGAUCAGCUCUGCCCUUUUCGAUCGGAUGCACGAAGCAGAGAUCAAUGGAACGCCGAUCUGCGCAGGGGAGCUGGUGGCCUUGUCUGGCUGUUAGGGGGAUCAACCACCGCACUGUUCGGCUCUACAUGCCAUGGAUAUGGCCACUUGCUAGGCCGGGUGCAAGACCUGCCCCCGGAGCUGAACGUUGCAUGGGGCAAGGCAUACCUGCCACUCAUCAAUGACCAAGAGGAGUUACCCCUUGCCUUUCAGCAGCUUCACCUGUUUCGCUUCCCGGUGUUCAACGACACGCCUCAUACGCGGACGAUGCAAGCACUCUUCCCGGACGGGGCGCUCACAGCGGAACUCCUGGACGACAUACAAGCGGUGCUGCCUGCUGACCUGCACUCUGAGCUCCGGGCUCAAGCCCCGCCUGAUGGGCGGCAGUACACCGAUUGA